UCCUGGCUUCCCCAUGUUCUUUAAAGACAUUGCUUUUUGUUUAUAGAAACUUUUACCUCAAAUGAAAUAAUGUAAAAUUCUAAAAAGAAAUGAUCUCGCUCAUUUUUGUGGCAUUUAACAAAAUUAAUAUGGGUGAUCCUGACUGGUCUGAAACCGGAGAGAGGACGUUUGAGUUCAGACAGUGAGACCAAAAAAAAAGACGUUUUUGCACAAUCUUUCAGGUUUGACCAGUAUGUGCAACCGAAGCCGAAUCGUGUGGGAAUGAAGAUUUUUGUGCACGGAUUUCAAAACUCAAGCAAACCUGACGUGUACUUCGUUGCAGCCACUGAGUCACCACAGCACGGCAUUCAACUCAAGUGCGCUUCAGGGGAUAAAGGUUCAACAGCGGUGCACUUCCAACGUUGGCUCUACAUUGUAGGUCACGGGGAGACCUGGAGCCUAUCCCAGGUGUCAACGGGCAGCAGGCGGGGUACACCCUGGACUGGUCGCCAGUCAAUCACAGGGCACAUGGAGACGGACAAGAGUCGUACUCACAAUCACACCUAGGUACAAUUUAGAGUGUCCAAUUAAUGUUGCAUGUUUUUGGGAUGUUGGAGGAAACCGGAGUGCCCACCCGGAGGAAACCCACGCAGGCACGGGGAGAACAUGCAAACUCCACACAGGCGGGGCCGGGAUCGAACCCGGGUCCUCAGAACUGUGAGGCCGACGCUUUACCAGCUGAAAGAAAAUUCGGAUUCUAUUUUCAGGCCAUCUUUCCCAGCCUUCACUAAGAUUAUUACUUUUUAUAGAUGUUCAAAUUGAAGCUCAUUUGUGUCAAAAAGUUCUGCAACACCCCUGUAUAUGAAUCGCGUCCUGGCCCAAAUGCCCCCCCACCCCCUUUCCCACUUUGACUUCCUCUGCUGAGUCACCGGCAAGUUAUUGACUCUAACCAACUUUCUCGCCCUCAUUCCACACAUUCCCGUCGUGGCAACUGUGCGCACCUGACGCGGCGCAUCAAACGCCCGUCGCGCGUAGAAGAGGACGGCGACGAGCCUUUACGGGAAUUGACUGAGAUGUUUCAUUUUAACUUUAGGGCACAAUAGAGAGAGCGGUGUCGCCCCUGAGAAGCGGCUCCUCACGUGGGACACGCCCCUCGCUCUUUGCCACCUCCGCUUUUCACGCAGUCGCCGGGCCGUCCCGCCGCUCUGCCGCACGUCCUCAGAGGCGAGAAAGCGAAAGCGCAGCCCGCGGCGGAGCGUCCCGACGCGCGGGCGCGGACGGGCCCGCGAGAGCCCGGAAGCGCGGCUGAACCGCGGGGGAGGAGGAGGAUGAGGGAGGGAAGGGAGGGAGGAGAGAGUGAAACCACAACGCCGGUCCUGCCCACCGCCGCCGUGACGUCGCGGGGGCACGUGAGCGGGGCUCUCCAGUGACGGCGCGUGGAGGGCAGGAAAAGCAGUUUUUAAAGCCGCUGGUGCCGUUUUGGGGUUUUUGCACGAGGUGCUCCUCCAAAACAACCACAGAACCACAGACGUGCGGCUCGGGGCUUGGCGUGGCCGGAGCGUCAAUGGUUAAUGGUCGCGGGCCAGCAGCACCAGUCACAAGGACGGCGCUAAGCGAGACGUGUCAAAGUUCACGGAAACCGCCGAGGAACGAGAGCCGGUCCCGGCAUGGCGUCAAACAGCCUCUUCAGCACCGUCACGCCAUGCCAGCAGAACUUCUUCUGGGACCCGAGCGCCAGCCGGAGGUUCAGCCCGCCGUCCAGCAGCCUGCAGCCGCUCGCGGGCAAGAUGACGGACGUGGGCUCGCCGGGUGCCGGCGGCGGCGGUGGCGGUGGCGGCGGCGGUGGUGGCGGAGGAGGAGGAGGAGGUGGAGGGGGUGGCCCCGGCGGGCAAGCUGACGCGGCUUCGGCGGCGGUUCCGCGUCUGCGCGCCCACGAGAACCGCAGCAUGGCCGAGAUCAUCGCCGACCACCCGGCGGAGCUGGUGCGCACCGACAGCCCCAACUUUUUGUGCUCCGUGUUGCCGUCGCACUGGCGCUGUAACAAGACGCUGCCGGUCGCCUUCAAGGUGGUGGCGCUGGGGGACAUAACCGACGGCACGGUGGUGACGGUGAUGGCGGGCAACGACGAAAACUACUCGGCCGAGCUGCGGAACGCUUCGGGCGUGAUGAAGAACCAGGUGGCGCGCUUCAACGACCUGCGCUUCGUCGGGCGCAGUGGCCGAGGCAAAAGCUUCACGCUGACCAUCACCGUCUUCACCAACCCGCCGCAGGUGGCCACUUACCACCGAGCCAUCAAGGUCACAGUGGACGGACCGCGAGAGCCCAGGAGGCAUCGCCAGAAGCUGGAGGACCCCCCCAAGUCGGGCCUGUUCUCGGACCGCCUGAGCGAGCUGGAGAGGAUGAGGGUGCGCGUGGCGGUGCCCACCCAAGCCCAGCGACCGGCGCUCAACACGGCGCCCAACUCGUUCACGCCACAGGGACAAACCCAGAUCACCGACCCGCGUCAGCCGCAGUCGUCGCCGCCGUGGUCGUACGAGCAGACGUACCCGUCCUACUUGAGUCCCAUGGCGUCCCCCUCGGUGCACUCCACCGCCCCGCUCUCCUCCAGCCGGGGCACCGGCCUGCCCUCCAUCAGUGACGUGCCCAGACGCUUGCCAGGUUCUUCGGACCUGAGCCCGUUCCCGGGCCAGUUUGAGCGUCAGUUCCCGGGCCUGUCCUCCCUGACGGAGAGCCGCUUCAGCGGGCCCCGCAUGCACUACCCGGCCACCUUCACCUACACGCCACCCGUCACCUCGGCCAUGUCGCUGGGGAGCGCCCACUACCACACCUACCUUCCGCCGCCCUACCCGGGCUCCACGCAGAACCAGAGCGGACCCUUCCAGACCAGCAGCACGCCUUACCUGUACUACGGCGCCUCGUCCGGCUCCUACCAGAUCUCCAUGGUGUCCGGCGGCGGGGAGCGGUCGCCCUCGCGCGUGGCCCCGCCCCCUUGCACCAGCGCCUCCACGGGGACCUCGCUGGUCAACCCCAACCAGGCGGACGGCGGCGCCGUGGACGCGGGCGAUGGCAGCCACAGCAACUCGCCCACCGUCCUCAACACGGGCGGACGCAUGGAUGAGGCCGUUUGGAGGCCCUACUGAACGCCUGACUGAAAAGGGAUAUUUUUGCUUCUUCUUCUUCUUUUUUUUUUUUUUUUUGUUCGUCCCAACUUGUGCAGACUCGUCUUCCUGGAAAGGUUCGGACCCCGACCGCUCAGAAUAGCAAUAAGCAGCACAUCGUUCCGAACGGACCUUUUUUUUGUACCUCUCCAACACCGACGUGCGUGAGGUGAGGCACAAACUCCAAAGAACGGCAAAAAUACAACGAAUUACACACCCAGUUGAAGUCCGAGUUUUACCUGAACGAGUUUCAGUGGCGAUAUGAGCAUUUUUAAAACAUGCCUUUUCUCAUCAGAGUUAGGGGGAAAAAUAAUCCACUUUUUUCCUGAAAAUAUCAGUUUCUAGAAAAUGACACUUUCUCAAGUACACAAUUUUUUGUCAAAUUGUCAGAUUAAUUUUUUUUUUCAAAAAACAUGACUAUAGUUUACUCUAUUAGAACUUUUUUUGCUCAAAUAUUACUUUUUUUCCAUACGCUCCUCUCAGCUCUGAUAUUUUUCUUGUGUAUUUUUUUAAGUAUAUGACAAACCACACAUUUUGAGGGAAAACAUAAUUUACAACUUUUUUCUUUUCCCAAUAAUCACAUUUGUCAAAAAUUGGACUGUUCUCGCAAGUAUACAAUAAGAUAAUUAGAUAAUACUUUUUGGAAAUUGUGAUACAUACUGAUCUUGAAUAAAAAAUAAAAAUGUAUUUUCUGAACAAUAUACAUUUUUUAACAUCUAAAACAUGUAUAUUCCCUCAAAUAUAACUAUUCUUUUUCCUCCAGAAUAUUUUUAAAAAGUAGACUUUUUGGAAACUGAUAUAGACUUAUCUUAAAUAAAAAAGAAAAUAUAUUUUCAGAACAAUAUGUUUUUUCAACCUCCUCAAAUAUAACUUUUUUUCCUCCAAAAUAUUUUUAAAAAAGUAGACUUUUUGGUAACUGGGAUAUAUACUUAUCUUGAAUAAAAAAGAAAUGUAUUUUUUGAACAAUAUACAUUUUUUAACCUCAAAAAAAUGUAUAUUCCCUCAAAUAUAAUUUUUCUUUUUCCUCCAAAAUAUUUUUUAAAAGUGGACUUUUUUUUUUAAAUAGAUGACUUUGUUCCGAUAACAGUCGGACUUUAAUGUGGGAGUGUAAUUGUUUAUUUUACGUGUGUCACAUACUGGUUGGUCCUUUUAAUGCUUUUUUAUUUUAAUUUUUUUUUUUUUUUUGCAUUAGGCACGUUUUUUCUAUGUUUUCGUUUUUUUUUUUUU